AUGCUGCUCAAUCAGGACCAAAUCCGACGUCUGAAUGACUUCAGAAUCAAGUGGCGACAUAUUAUCGCUUUUAUGCUACAUAUCGGUAAUGUACUCAUGCUAUCAACCACUGUUGCUCCUAAAAAAACCGGGUCCAUUAUGGCAGUGCUGGCUCCGAUACUCCAAUUUCCUGGCAUGCUGUUCAUUAUUGGCUCGAUACGCAUUGAAAUGCUCUUCUUACUUUUCGGGACAUACGAUUUCUGGUAUUUUACCGUAAACAACAUCCUUUUCGGUUGGUGUUUUACUGCCAUUCUCCGCGACAUCCGUGUCAUUGUGGUCUUGGUUGGCUGUUUGAUCGUGCAGAUAAGCAUCGGCUCGGAUGCUCUUGUGGGCGAUAGACGACAGAUUUUCCUGUCCAGUGUCAUUAAUUGUGGGACGCACUUUGCGAUGUUCCUGAUGGUGUUCCUAAAGCGCGUGGAUGAUAGUGGUAACGGAGAUAACUUCAUUCUUUCGUAUUCAAACAGUGGCUAUGGUUUUUCCAUCCGGGAUACGCUAAUGAAUACUCAACUUAACAUGAUUCUACUUUUUGGGAGAUUAGUAUAUCGAAAUUGGAUCACAAUGCGCGAACAAGAUUCUGUGACAGUACGCCGUAUUAAUGCCGAGACCAGCUAUAUUCCAAGUCGAAGACGCUGUGUAAGCUACUACUGCACGGUCGGACUACGACCGAAAACUAAUAGUAUUCGAAGUACUAUCGUGCGAGCAAGAAGUACAGGCUCUUUACCCAGUACCAGUGGUCCGUCUACCCGCUCUCGGGCAGGAAGUGUACUAAGUAUCCAGCCUUUAGAGAGUUAUCACACUCCAGACGCUUCUCGAGCCCAAAUUCCUUUAUUUGGGCCGAAAAUACAGCAACGCCACCGACACGGUCACGCGCAAACCAUCCAGCUGCAAUUUGUACCCGUUGAAACAGAUUUCAACGCUUACAAAACGAUUGUACCGGGGUUUGGCUAUCUUCUGGACCGAAUCUUAGGUUCGUCAUCCUCGCACACACGACGUCGUAUACUACUACACAUAUUUCAUGCAUUGGGCUACGUUGGGAUGGGUGUUUUGGUGCUGGGUGCUCUGGUUGCGUGGAUUUUUAAAGACCAAAACCUGGACCAUAUCAGGCCAGGUCUGGCACGGACUCAGAUUAUCGCAUUCUUCGCUUCUCUCGUCUUUUGUGGAGUCUUCUUUGCAUCAUACCAGCGACAGCUACUCAAACGUUUGUACUCAUCGUUCAACUUCCUCUUUUUGUCCACAAAACUCACAGUAGCGUCCUUAGCUUUGGGUCAAUUUUUGAAUUGGGACUGCCGAGUAGUAUGGGUGUGGGGUGCAUGGAUUUGGAUGCAAUGGGCAAUUACACUGGACGCCUUGCCUCCUAGUACUAUGCGUUUAUUGGCUUUUCGACGCUCCGUUCUCAUGCUUUCAGUGCUGACAUUCGAGCUCAUUGGGCUGGUCAUUUUAUCCUUGGAGCUCUUCGCUUUGGAUCGGUGGAUCGUGCCCAAAGUCGCAGUCGUGGAUCGAGUUAUCUUCGGUCGUCACGUGCAAUCCUCAAAGCUCUUUUCCUCUGACCAAAACAAAGGGGCAAUGCCGUCGCCCAAGCCCCUUCUAUCGUGGUUGUUUGUCCUGUUGCUUGGUGUACUUACCCGGCACACUGUGGCGACGUACAACAUCGGCGUCGGUAAGAGCGACAUCACUGGUCCUGCAGCCGAAGUAAUCAUGAUGGGAUUCGCCAGCUCGGAUGAAAGCGCCGCUGGAAUUCUCAACCGCCUCUACGCAAGAGCAUUCCUCAUAGAGGACCCCGAUACCAACGAGCGCGUCAUGUUCGUCCACUGCGACUUGCACUCGGUCAUGCAACUGGUACACCAAGAAGUCCUGGCACAACUCGCCACGAAAUACAACGGAGUCUACACCGAACAGAACGUCAUUCUACACGCCACGCACACCCACGCCGGACCAGGAGGAACCGCUGGAUACUUUCUCUACGAUGUCUCCAUCUUCGGAUACAUCAGCGAAAACUUCGACAAGAUCGUCAGUGGCAUCAUGAGCGCCAUUGACGCAGCACACAACUCUGUACAGAGCGGUACUAUCCGAUGGAACAAGGGCGAAGUCACCAAGGGAGGCAAGAACCGAUCCCCAGACGCCUACCUUGCCAACCUGGCCAGUGAACGUGCACAAUACAGCAGCGAUAUUGACACGACCAUGCGCGCACUUCACUUCUUCAGUAGUUCUGGCAAGCUUCGAGGUGUACUGGCGUUCUACCCGGUCCACCCUACCAGUCUAACCGUAGAAAACCGCCUUAUCAGUGGGGAUAACAAAGGGUACGCCGAGUUCUUACUCGAAGACGAACUAGACGACGUCGUGGUUGGGAUCGGUAUCACCAAUGCUGGUGACGUGAGUCCGAACCUCAUCGACAAUGGAGACGGAACAUUCAGUGGUGAGGGCAAUACAUCGAUCGAAUCCGCCGAGAUUAUGGGCAAACGGCAGUACGACACGCUCUCAUCCCUGAUCAAAGGAACCUCCGAGCUCAUCCAGGGCUCCGUCGUCGCCAAACUCUCCUACGUCGACUUCUCGGCCGUCACACUUGACGGUGUCACAUCUACCAGUGCUGAUCCGUACGCUAACAGAACGUGCCCUGCCGUCAUUGGGCAGAACUUCGCCGCCGGUACGGAAGACGGAAGAGUGCUUAGUAUGUUCACGGAGGGUAACCUCAAAGCCAACGUCCUCUUCCAGACCAUCGGUGGUGUGAUUAAGGAGACGCCGCAGUGGAUACAGGACUGUCAGUACGUCAACAAGGUGCCGUUGCUAGCCGUCGGACUCAUGGAACCCGUGCCGUGGGUACCCAACAUUCUACCCGUGCAGGUCGUCAAGAUAGGACAGUUCGCUAUCGCCGUCACUACCUUCGAGACCACUACGAUGGCUGGAAGACGUAUCCGCAACACAGUCAAGACGGCGCUUGCAAGCACUGGUGUGACGGAAGUUGAGCUGGCUGCGAUUAGCAACGCCUAUGCGCAGUACAUGACCACGAAGGAGGAAUAUCUUACGCAGAAUUACGAAGGUGCUUCGACACUCUUUGGUCCCAACCAGCUGGCCGCAGUGCAACAGGAGCUCACUCGAGUUGCAGCGUCUGUGGUAGAUCCUUCCGUUCCGCUGGACGUGGGACCUACCCCAAUGCAGAUCGACCGCACCUCCCUCAUUACGAUGCAGACAGGAGUGGUGAUGGAUGCGGCACCGCUCCUGCGCUCCUUCAGCGACGUACGCACGCAGCCGUCCAGCUCGUACACCGUUGGUAGUGUGGCUUCCGCAAUAUUCGCCGGCGCACACCCAAAGAACGCGCUCACGUUGGUCUCGUCCUUCUGUGACGUACAGAAGCUCGGAUCGAACGGCGCGUACACAACCGUCCUGACCGACGCGCACUGGGAUCUACGCUACCGCUGGGAGCGCUACCUCAUUGCCGAAAGCAAGAACACGUGCGAGUGGAACAUCCGCAAAGGAGGACGCACAAGUGUAGCGGGAACCUACCGCUUUGUGCAUCGCGGAUACUCGAAGAACCUGCUUGGUAGGCUGACAGCAUAUGAAGGCACAUCCAACACGUUCACCGUGACAGCGUAAGCAUAGGCAGAGAGUAUCAUGUUGAAAAUGUAAAAGCAUCUUAAUGUA